UCAUCUCACUCUCUCUUCUUCAUGAUAGGCCGCUUCCUCCUACAGCAAGAGUCUGACUAAAUCAGAAGAUGGUUAGUGCCAUGGGAAGUGCCGCUGUUGGGCUGAUGUUACCGGCUACAUUUCCGUCAAAGCUGGGCCUCCGUCGUUAACUGUUACCAGCCGGUCGGUGAUGAUAGAUUAUUUCCAGAGAUGUAGCCGAGGCUGCACACCUCCGUUACUUGGAAACUGUCAGAAAUUUCUGCGGAAAGUUUUUCUCUCUCGGAUGGAAGAGGUUUUGAGACAAAGCGGUUACCACGGCGCUGUUUUCUCCCCUGUUUUUGUGAUAAUGGAAGACGACAGGCUCUGAGUGACACCAUGUCUUGGGGGGAGUUCAUCGAGCUUCGUGACCUGCGUGCGAACACGGAGCAGAUAGAGCUGACGGGCACACGUUUGCCCUGCUCACCCCCUCGCCUGGAAAGAACCAACGCCCUGAGGAUCAGCCCGGGGAAGGUCCCGGACCUGCUGAGCCGGGUCGGCAUCAUCAGAGUCCUGAGCAGCACCCAGGACCCCCAGCUCCUGGAGGGGAAGGGAGAAGGACACAACUUCCAACCCUGCAGCCACGCUCAGCCCACAUGGUGCGACCUGUGCGGAGACUUCAUCUGGGGCCUUUACAAGCAGAGCCUGCGGUGUGUCAAUUGUAAAUUCACAUGCCACUACCGCUGUCGUGCCCUGAUCCAGUUGGACUGCAGCUGGGACCGAGGCUCUGUGUCCGACCAGACAUGCGUUGUGGAGCACACCAUAGAAACAGACACAAAUGUGGAUGAACAAACUGAAUGUGGCAAGCAGGAGUUGACAACUGCAGACAUUCAGCAGAAGGUGAAGGAAUACAACGCUCAGAUCAACAGCAAUCUGUUCAUGAACAUGAACAAAGACGGUUCCUACACUGGCUUCAUAAAGGUGCAGUUCAAGUUGGCGCGACCUGUGUCGGUUACACCUCCUAAGAAAGGCGGUCACGACGCUGCAGGGAGGAAGGCCAGCGGAGUGAAGCGUCGCACCUCUUUCUACCUGCCAAAGGACGCAUCCAAGCACCUGCACAUAAGCUCUCGCACUUCUGCCCGGGAGGUCAUUGAAGCUUUACUGAAAAAGUUCACUGUGGUGGACAAUCCUGGCAAGUUUGCUCUGUUUGAGCGCAGCGAGCGUCAUGACCAGGUUUAUGUUCGUAAGCUGUCUGAUGAUGAGCGCCCCCUCCGUCUGCGUCUGUGUACUGGACCCAGUGAGAAAGUCCUCAGUUUUGUGCUCAAAGAAAACGAGACUGGAGAAGUCAAUUGGCAUGCCUUCUCCAUGCCCGAGUUAAAGAACUUCCUGCGCAUCCUGCAGCGUGAAGAAGAGGAGCACAUCAAGCAGAUAGUGCAGCGAUACGCUCUGGCCCGCACUAAGAUGCAGGAGGCUCUGGCAGGCUCCACCCCCGGCUGAGACCACUCUGCGCCCGGGGUUCAACGUGCACCUCUUGGCUGGAUGAUGACCAGUCAUUGCUGCAUCCAAAGAUCCCCAGAGAAUGCAACUCAAAAACGCCUCUUCGGUGAACGAGAGAGUGAGACAGGGCGCAAGACUAUGAGAGAGAGAGAGCGAGAGAGCUAGCGCGAAUGUGCGUGUGAAAUGAUGCGAGAGAUGAGAAGUGCCUUACACCUGGAGAGUCUGAUGUGCCUGAGAGAAUGAGUUGAGAGAGAUGAAGACUGGCAGAUGAGACAGCGGUCGUACCCCUGUUUGGGUGCUAUCUGAUCAUCCUGUACCUCAGCUAUGUCACUUUAGCUUUAAAGAAAAUGUCAGCAUUAUAAGAUAUUAAACAAAUCCCUUUGUUAGUUAUAUAUUAGUUGAAAGAGAGCAAGAACUGCUUUAUAGUUGAGCAUAAAAUCACCUUGAAAUUACAUUCCUCUUAUUUUUGCCAUUACUGCCCUUUUUAGAUUCUCAAUCUGGUCUUGAACACCAUACCAUGGAAAAAAAUACUUACUGACAUUGUCCAGACUGCUAUCAUGUAAGAAAGUUAAACACAUAUUGGCUGCUUAAAGGUAUUUGGAUUUUCAUUAGACCCAGUCUCAAAAGUCUGCCAUGUUGUCUCCACACCCUCAGUGGGUGCAACUCUUUUCUUUUUUUUUUUUUUUUUUUUUUUUUAAGAAGUUUUGUGAGUAUGACCUAUGUGUGGACAUUUGUAUGCAAUUAUGAAUGUCAGGGAGAACUGUGUCAGUGUCACUUUGGUCGAGUGGAAUCAUGAAUGAAUAUUGGUAUACAUGUGUUUCACUGGAAGCUGUUUGUCAUUCCUCAUAUCUGUGUUUUUUCCUGUCCUCAGAGAAAAUGUUUGUCCUCUGUUUUUCAGCUUACUUUCAUUGUAUCCAUCUAUGCACAAAUUCCCAUGUUGUAGCAACCUUAAAAAUGUGUGACAAAUGUGCACUGCCUUCAGUAAAGAAUUUACCAGA